UACUGUUUGUCCGGUGAGUUUUCUCCUUCCUGAAACCGAAGAAGAAGAAGAGGGUUUAUGGCCGGAGCUCUCCAUUGUUCGCCAUCUUUGGCACUCUCGUUCUCCCACUGCCGCCUUCCACCCUCCUCGCUAUCUCUCCCUCGUUGUCCCCGUCUUGGCCUCGCUGGUAGCCGCAGCUGGAGACGGGCCUCGGUGACCACUUCGGCCAAGUAUAUCCGGGAAGACUACCUCGUGAAGAAGCUGACUGCCAAGGAGGUGCAGGAGCUUGUCAAGGGGGAGAGGACUGUGCCUCUUAUUGUGGAUUUCUAUGCUACUUGGUGUGGACCUUGCAUUCUCAUGGCGCAGGAACUCGAGAUGCUUGCUGUUGAGUACGAGAACAAUGCGCUAUUUGUCAAGGUAGAUACUGAUGAUGAGUAUGAAUUUGCACGGGAUAUGCAGGUUCGGGGUUUGCCCACAUUGUAUUUCAUCAGCCCUGACCCAAAUAAGGAUGCCAUCCGAACUGAGGGACUUGUCCCACCAGAGAUGAUCAAGAACAUUAUAGAUAAUGAGAUGUGAGUAAUAUGCUCAAGAAAUCAAUCUAUCUUGCCUCAGAUCAUCGCACUGAGACUCUACUUAGGAUGUUGUUGGAACAUGAGUUGUUUAUGGAGUUGUAGGAUUCAAGUUCCCUCCUGAUUAUGCUGUUGUAUGCAACUCUAACAAUUCAGUGGCUUUUUUUGUUGAAAUUCAAAUUUUGUCAUAUGUUUACUUAA